AUGCCUGUUGAUUACAGUAAAUGGGACGCUCUGGAGCUCAGCGAUGACUCCGACGUCGAAGUCCACCCCAAUGUCGACAAGCGAUCGUUUAUCCGCGCCAAGCAGAAUCAGAUUCACCAGGAGCGCCAGCAACGAAAGACGAAAAUCGAAGCUUUAAAAUAUGAACUCGUGCUUCAUGAAGGUCUGCGCAAGCGUGUCAGCGCUCUGCUGUCCUCCCUUAAAGCACGGGCAGACCAGGCUGCCACCAAGAACCCUGCUGAGGUUGCGUUUGCUGCCGUCAUGGAGUCUGCCGGGCAACAAACGGAUGACAAGCUUCCUCCGCUACCCGAAGGACUUCACACUGAUCCCAACCAACCGAAAACUUACUCUGCUAUGCUCGCUGGUAUGCUCGACCAAGUUAAUAAGGCACUGGACGAGAAGAAGCCCGACGACCGAUACUCUUCCAUGGUGGCAGAAGUAGAGAGCCAUGAAGGACAAAUUAACACGCUUCUGAAGGAUUCAGCAGCUGAAUUACAAAAGUUGGAGCAGGAGGAUAAGCGAAAAAUCACAAGUGACUCCAUUCACACGGGCUUUGAUAGCUCCCAUGUAAACAAGACCACCUCGUCCGCCGAGUCUACAAAGGUAGAACUUUUGAAUCCAAGCUUUGAUACGUCUGGUGGAAGCUCGUCAAAGAAGUCUCAAUCGGCGGGUGGUGCUGCUUCUGCUGCUGACGAUGAUGACGAAGAUGCAGAGGCAUCUCCUGCCGGUAUCAAGUUUUCCCAAAUUGCUAGUAACAACUACUCAGCUAGCUUGGAUUUUCUGUCCAAGAACCCACAGAUUUUGACAGAGAAGGAAACAGACGGGCUGUUGGUCUUGGCCUUUGAUGCCGCAUUGGAGCGCAAGGAUGACCUCUGCAGACAAUGUGUUCACCAGGCUCUGCUACUACAAUACUGCCGUGCCCUAGGCAAGGACGGUGUAGCGCUUUUCUUCAAGCGUGUUACCACUCAGGGACACCAAGCACAGGACUUGUUUAUCCGUGAUGUUCAAGAUACAUAUAUGCGUAUCAAGAACCGCGCGGCGGAGAUUGUGGCAGAGAGAGCAAACGAGCCCGAAGGUGUAGAACAGAUUCAACUGCACGCUGUUGAGCCUGGAACCGUCAUUAAUAUCAGUAUUCCCCCUGCCGACAGCGAAGAUACCGAAAUAAAGCGGGCUCGUGAGAUUUUUGAAGGUUUUGCGCCGGAGAUGAAAGCGGCUCUUGAGACUGGAGAGCUGGACAAGGUCAACAAGGUCUUGGGCGAGAUGAGCGUUGAAGAUGCUGAAGAACUUGUCAAUUUAUUCAGCGAGGCCAAUAUCCUCAGCAUGGAAGAACAGAUUAUCGAUGCGACUACCGAGCAAGGCAAACAGCAGCUUAAGGAGAUUGAACGAGCAGCCGCAGCGGCCGAAGAUGAGGGCCCGACUCCCGACCCCGAAUAA